AUGUCAGCAGCAGUCAGCAAAACCGUUUGUUAUUUAUCGUGCCCUUAUCAUAAAAAUUUUCGUAAAAAUUUUAUUAUAAAAAAAAUCCCCGAAUCAAAUUCUCUAAGUCAUAAUUUUCACGAUUGUUUUGGUCUUUUUGAUAACGAAAUAACGGCUUAUGAAAUUAUAUUGCCGGAAUACGUGAAAUACUUGAACAAUAAAUCUCGAUAUAGCGAAACUAAAUAUGAUUUAUGUUUUCCAAAAUACAACGGACAAUGUCGGUCGUUUUUAGUUCUUCAAGAUUUGCUAACGGAAGGUUAUCAGAUGGUCAAUAGAAUAAAAGGAUUUACUAAAAAUGAAUGUUCUCUCAUUCUCCAGGAAAUCUCAAAAUUUCACGCCGUAUCGAUAGCGUUUAAAAAACAAAACGAAAAAUUAUUUCAAAAAAUUAAAAAUAAAUUAAAAGAAACCGUUUUCCGGGGCGAUUUUGUCGACAACAUCAUGGGAGCCAUUUGGGAAAAUUCUAUAAAAUUUGCAAUAAAAAGUUUAAACGAAUCAAAUAAUUUAAAAUUGAUAAAAAUAUCGGAAAAAUUAAAAUUUUUCUCCGGUAAAAUAUUAAAUACGUUAAUUGAUUUAACGAAAUGCAAUUCGUCCAAAUUUGACGUCAUCUGUCACGGAGAUUUAUGGAAUAAUAACAUAUUGAUAAGGUAUUGUGAUUUAGGUUAUCCGAUCGAUGUUAAAUUCAUCGAUUUGCAAGCCAUGAGAUAUGGUUCUUGCGUUUUAGACGUUAUGCACGUAUUAUUUACAAGUUCAAGGCCGAAAGUACAAGAAAAACAUUUGGAAAUUUUACUUUUCGAAUAUUACGACAAUUUAUGCGAAAAUGCUCAAAAAUUGGACGAAACCCUCGAAUUCUCGUACGACGAAUUCAAAAAUGAACUCAAAGAAAAAUUAUAUUUCGGAGUAUUCGUAUCUUGCCUCAUGUUUACGUGCAUAACGAAGAAAUCAGGGUCGGAAGAAGAAACGCCGGAUUUAGAUUACACUUUGGAAAAUUUAAGGAACGAAAUACAAAUAGAAAGGACGUACAAAACCUUGAGUUUAGAAUAUCACGAAAGGAUUCGUAGAUUAUUUUUAACUCUCACGGAUUUUAAUUUGAUUUGA